GCCGCGCUCUCGGCAGGUUUGAAGUGUGUUUGUCUUUUGUGUGACUCUUCAAACUUUACCUGCCAAACAGAAGGAGCAUGUUGGGCUUCCGUUAUGUUAACCAACGGAAAGGAACAGGUGAUCAAGUCCUGUGUCUCUCUCCCAGAAUUAAAUGCGCAAGUCUUCUGUCAUAGUUCCAACAAUGUUACCAAAACGGAAUGCUGCUUCACAGAUUUUUGCAACAACAUAACUCUGCACCUUCCGACAGCAUCACCAAAUGCCCCAAAACUCGGACCCGUGGAGCUGACCAUUAUUAUUACUGUGCCAAUUUGCCUCCUGUCCAUAGCUUCACUGCUGACAGUAUGGGCAUGCCAAGGUCGACUGUGCACCUACAGAAAGAAAAAGAGACCAAACGUGGAGGAGCCCCUUUCUGAGUGCAAUCUGGUCAAUGCUGGGAAAACUCUAAAAGAUCUGAUUUACGAUGUGACUGCCUCUGGCUCUGGCUCUGGUCUGCCUCUGUUGGUUCAAAGAACAAUUGCAAGGACGAUUGUACUUCAGGAAAUAGUAGGAAAAGGUAGAUUUGGUGAGGUCUGGCACGGAAGAUGGUGCGGGGAAGAUGUGGCUGUGAAAAUAUUCUCCUCUAGAGAUGAAAGAUCUUGGUUUCGAGAGGCAGAAAUUUAUCAGACCGUUAUGCUGAGACAUGAAAACAUCCUUGGUUUCAUUGCUGCUGACAACAAAGAUAAUGGAACUUGGACUCAACUUUGGCUUGUCUCUGAAUAUCAUGAACAGGGCUCCUUAUAUGACUAUUUGAAUAGAAACAUAGUGACAGUGGCUGGAAUGAUCAAACUGGCACUUUCAAUAGCUAGUGGUCUGGCCCACCUUCAUAUGGAGAUUGUUGGUACACAAGGUAAACCUGCUAUUGCUCAUCGAGAUAUAAAAUCAAAGAAUAUCUUAGUGAAAAAAUGUGAAACUUGUGCCAUAGCAGACUUAGGGUUGGCUGUGAAGCAUGAUUCAAUACUGAACACUAUUGACAUACCUCAGAAUCCUAAAGUAGGAACCAAAAGGUACAUGGCUCCUGAAAUGCUUGAUGAUACAAUAAAUGUGAAUAUCUUCGAGUCCUUCAAACGAGCUGACAUCUAUUCUGUUGGUCUGGUUUACUGGGAAAUAGCCCGGAGGUGUUCAGUUGGAGGAAUUGUUGAGGAGUACCAGUUGCCUUAUUAUGACAUGGUGCCUUCAGAUCCCUCAAUAGAGGAAAUGAGGAAGGUUGUCUGUGACCAGAAGUUCCGACCAAGUAUUCCGAACCAGUGGCAAAGCUGUGAAGCACUCCGAGUCAUGGGGAGAAUAAUGCGCGAGUGUUGGUAUGCCAAUGGGGCAGCCCGCCUAACCGCCCUCCGGAUUAAGAAAACUAUUUCUCAACUUUGUGUCAAAGAAGACUGCAAAGCCUGAUGAUGAG